AUGCUCAAAUAUACCUACAAGAGCAGUGAUGAGAGUAGGGAGAAGGGUGAUGAGAGUAGGGAGAAGGGUGAUGAGAGUAGGGAGAAGGAUGAUGAGAGUGGGGAGAAGGGUGAUGAGAGUAAGGAGAAGGGUGAUGAGAGUAGGGAGAAGGGUGAUGAGAGGAGAAGGAAGAAGGGUGAUGAGAGUAGGGAGAAGGGUGAUGAGAGUAGGGAGAAGGGUGAUGAGAGUAGGGAGAAGGAUGAUGAGAGUGGGAAGAAGGGUGAUAAGAGUAAGGAGAAGGGUGAUGAGAGUAGGGAGAAGGGUGAUGAGAGUAGGGAGAAGGGAGAUGAGAGUAGGGAGAAGGGAGAUGAGAGUAGGGAGAAAGGUGAUGAGAGUAGGGAGAAGGAAGAAGGGGAGAAGGGUGAUGAGAGAACGGAGAAGGGAGAUGAGAGUAGGGAGAAGGGUGAUGAGAGUAGGGAGAAGGGUGAUGAGAUUAGGGAGAAGGGUGAUGAGAGUAGGGAGAAGGGUGAUGAGAGUAGGGAGAAGGGCGAUGAGAGUAGGGAGAAGAGAGAUGAGAGUAGGAAGAAGGGUGAUGAGAGUAGGGAGAAGGGUGAUGAGAGCAGGGAGAAGGGUGAUGAGAGUAGAGAGAAGGGUGAUGAGAGUAGGGAGAAGGGUGAUGAGAGUAGGGAGAAGGAUGAUGAGAGUAGGGAGAAGGGUGAUGAGAGUAGGGAGAAGGGUGAUGAGAGUAGGGAGAAGGGUGAUGAGUGUAGGGAGAAGGGUGAUGAGUAG